UCCGUCCAUAGUUUUUCCGCGUUUCGAAUCGCGAACCGGGGAACGUAAACAAACCGGUCCGGAUUCGAAUUUCGACGUUUCGUCGUUUCGUCGUUUCGUCGUUUCGUCGUUUUGUCGGGUUUGUCGGGUUUGUCGGGUUCGUUGGGUUCGUUGGGUUCGUUGGGACCACCGGACCGACCCAAACACACACACAGUUCAGUUCCAGCGCGACUCUCAAACUCACCUCAUUCCAUUCCAUUUUCGUCUCGACCGUCGCCGUUGUUAUUGUUUUUGUUGUUUGGUGCUCGACCAUUUCGUUCGGCGAGACCACUUUUCGGAGACCAUGGAGACCGAAGACAGAAUUUCCGGCCUGUACAAGAACAGAACCAUCUUCGUGUCCGGCGCCACCGGCUAUCUGGGCAAGAUCCUCAUCGAGAAAAUCCUCAGAUGCUGUCCCGACGUGAAGACCAUCUACGUGCUGAUCAGGAAGAAGAAGGGCCAGGCCGGAGGCGAACGUCUGAGGGAGAUCUUCAGGAAUCCGUUGUUCGACCUGUUGCGCAAGAGCAACGCCAAGGCCUUCGACAAGUGCAUACCGGUGCCCGGAGACGUUUCCGACGAAAACCUCGGACUCUCCAAUCACUACAAGCAGGUGCUGGCCGAGGAGGUCGAGUACAUCUUCCACUGCGCCGCCACCACCAGGUUCGACGACCCGCUCAAGACUUCCAUCGUCAUCAACGCCAGGGGCACCCAUUACAUGCUGGAGCUGGCCAAGACUUGCAAAAAUCUAAAGCUGUUCGUCCACGUUUCCACCGCCUUCGCCCACUACAGGGAAGCUGUGGUCGAGGAGAAGAUCUACGACUUCCCUGUGGAUCCAGCUAACAUCCUGGAGUCACUUCCUUGGACUGAUGAGGAAGCUUUAAAUAGAAUUGCGACUGACUUGUUCCCGGAUUUGCCCAACAGCUACACAUUCUCCAAAAUUGUUGCUGAAGCUCUUGUUGCCAAGGAAGUGAACAAUUUGCCUGUUGUUAUAACCAGACCAGUUAUUGUGGGAAACAUCGCCUACGAUCCAUAUCCAGGAUGGGCAAACAAUCUAAUAGGACCGAUAGGUUUGUUCGUGGCUGCAGGAAAGGGAAUUCUGCGUGUCUGCUACAUGAGAAAGGAGAACACUUGCAGGAUGUUCCCUGCUGACGUCACAGUCAAUGGAAUACUCAUAAAAGCUUGGGACUACAUUGAAAACAAAGGGCACAACGUGGCCAAUUUGUACAUAAGAGAUGAGGAAUUGAAAUUUACUUGGGAGGAUGUGAUAAAUCAGGGAAAGAAGAUCAUACAGGAGAAGGUACCGUUCAACGUUUUCCUUUGGUACCCCGAUGGUAUUCUGACGGACAACAAAUGGGUUUACCUAAUCAACUUCUAUCUUUUCCACUAUCUUCCUGCUAUUUUCGUCGACAUACUCCUGACACUUUUCGGCUACAAACCAAUAUUGUUCAAGUCGCAAAGGAAGAUCAAAAAAGCCAGCGAGAUGUUCAAGUUUUACACGUUCAAGGAAUGGAAAUUCGAGGCUGAAGUCUUGGCAAAGUUGAGGCCAAAAUUAAACGAAACGGAGAGAAAAUUAUAUAAGAUUGAUAGCGAGGGUUAUAAUUUGGAGAGUCAUCUGAUUGAUUCGCUUCGUGCUGUCAAAAAGAUACAGCUGAAGGAGGAUCCAAAAUAUGAAAAGACCAUGUUGAAGGUUCAAAAAAGCUUAUAUUACGUGGAUAAGCUCAUAAAGCUGGCCUUCUUCUACUUCCUCUUCUAUUACCUUUACAAAUUGUUUUCGCAUAUUGUGAAAUUCUAAAAAAAAACAAUAUAAUCAGACUUUUUUUGUUUGAGUGGUUUAGCAGUUAUUUUGUAUAUAAUGUAGAUAUAAAUAAAUAAAAUGUUUAAUUAAUUUCCA